CUUCAGCCCUCUUUGCUCCCCACAGAGUCCCUGAAGGACCUAGUGGCCUCCUGCAGCAGGGGGGCCAAGGCAGAGGCCCCAAUGGAGGUGGUGAAGCCGGAGGUGAUGGAGAUGCUGACGCCACCACCCUCGGACAUGGGCUCGCCGUCCCACCACAGCCCGCUCUCGCUCAGCGGGGGCAGCAGCAACAGCAGCAGCGACUCGGAGCCCGACAGCCCCCUCUGCGACCAUGGCAAGGUGAAGCAGGAACGUCCACCGCCCUCACCCAGCAGCCAAGGCAUGCUGGACCGCUCCCGCAUGGCCCUCUGCGCCUUCGUCUUCCUCUGCCUCUCCUUCAACCCCCUGGCUUCCCUCCUCCGUGGCUCUGGUGCCCCGGCUCCUGUGGGGAACCCAGGCACCGCUGGCCCCAGCAGGAGCAUCAUGGCCGAGUCUGGCACUGUGGGUCCGAGAUGGGAGACAAUCGGUGUGGAGGAUGCUGGGAUGGACACCGUUGGAGCGGAGGCUCUUGGGGUGAAGGCAGUUGAGAUGGAGGCUGUUGGAGUGGAGACCCUCAGAGUGGAGGUGGUCAUGGUGGACAUGGG